AUGUCGGAUGACGAGGUAGAAUGUCAAUUCGAUAUUGAGGAUGAGUUUGUGAAGCGGUUGAUAGAAAGUGGGGUAGAUCUGAGAGAUCAUUCAACAAAAGUGGAAAGUCAACUUCGAGGAUCCAAUAAAUUGGUCGUAGAUGAUUGUAUUGAUCAUGCUGAGGAACUUGCCGAACUCAACGAACAGAUUACGGAGUGCGAUCAAACAUUUGAGGUGGGUUUAUCUAACUUGCUUUUUAUUCUUUUAGAAUCUUGAGGGAAUGUUGUCCAACUUCUUGGCAGAGCUUGGAACAAUAAGCGAGGAUAUGAAACGGCUUCAAGACCAAUCUGUUGUCAUAAACCAACAACUUCACAACCGUCAGCGUGUUCGAGGAGAGCUCAGUCAAUUCGUGGACGACAUGGUUGUUCCACAUAACAUGAUCAAGUAAGUUCUUCUGUUACUUUUCUUAUUCCUUUAGGAUUAUCAUGGAGCAUGAUGUCAAUAGUUCAGAAUUUCUCGAGCAACUUCAUGAACUUCAACAUAAACUUCAAUUCUUGAAGGCCCAGGCUUUUAAGGACGCAAAAGCAGUGGAAGACGUGCAAGAUGUCAUUGAGAACUUGAAAUACAAGGUAUGUCAUAUUUUAAUAAUUUAGUUCCGAGCUUAGGCUAUGGAGAAGAUGAGAGAAUGGUUGUUGGCAAAGAUCUCACUGUUUAAGAAGCCUCUUACGAAUUAUCAGAUUCCCCAGACGGCACUCCUCCGGAACCGAUUUUUCUACGAGUUUCUACUGGCGAAUGAACGGACCGUAGCUCGAGAGGUAGGUAACAGGACUAUUUCAACCCUAAAAGCUAAGAAAUGUAUAGAUAAUAGUUUAUUUCAAGUGGAAAUUCACAUUCAUCCAAGUGUAAUGUCCUCAUAUUGUCCAUCGCCUUCUUGAGUUGCAGGGCCGGCUUGAGAGUUCACUGAAGCAUUCUUCAUCUGUGAUUUUCCUUGAUUUUGUGCGGGCAAUGGGGUCUUUCCUUUGCUUCCGGGCUUCGGAUUCUUUUUUCCGAUACAGCUCACGAUAAUCGAUAAGAACAUGGAGAUUGCAGCGAAAAAACAAAUCAGGUCUUCCAACUUUGCCAGCAUUUCCCUCUCAGUGAUUUUGGAAGGGGUGACUUGGAGGAAUCGACCGGUCGAGAUUAAAAUUUUUACUAAAAUAAUGGGAAUUCUAUGAUUUUGAUCAUCCCAAAAUAAUUUUCAAAAUAUUUUUUUAGGUCAAGGAUGAGUACAUUGAAGCUGUCAGCAAGAUGUUCUUCAGUUAUUUCAAGACCUAUGUCUCGAGGUUAUUCAAACUUCAGAUGGCUGAUUCUGCCACGAAAGAAGAUCUUCUGGGUGCCGAAGAUGUGCAUAAAACUGGUUAUGCGGCUCUUCCAAACAUCUUCGGAUCCAAACCGCAGGUAAAUAACGAUGUAUUUUACCUUGUAAUUGAUUAUUUUCAGACUCGAAGUAAGGCGACGGUGUUUUCAUUGGGAACUCGAGAUUGUUUACUGACAACCGAUUUCUUGGCCCCAUUAAUUGUCCCACACGCUGCAUUACAAGCCGGAGAACAAGUGAGCUCUUUAUCCAUAUAUAAAAUAUAUUUUAGUACCAAUUUGAAUGCCUAUUCCGGUCGAUACAGUAUGCCCUGGUUGAUCAUUGCAGUCACGAAUUCCUUUUCCUCUGUGAUUUCUUUAUGGUGGAAGGGCAAUCAGCUGUGGAUUUGUUCUCGGAGGUCAUGGGAAGAGCGAUUGUCCAGCUACAGGUCAGUUACAGUAACUCGCCUUUGAUUUUACCACCGGCAGUUGAUGUAAUAAAGAUGGGAUUUUAGAAGAGUUUGGAAGAGAAAAUCAACACAAAUUACGACGCAAUAUCCCUGUUCCUGUGUAUAUGCUUAUGCACCAAAUACAGUGAGCUGAUGGCUGAAAGAAGUGUAAUUUCGAUCGAUAAUUACCUCAAAUCAAUGGCUCAAUUACUAUGGACAAGGUUCGAAUAUGUGAUGAACUUACAUACGGAGAGUGUGAAGAACAUUGACGUGAAGAAAAUGGCCAUCGAUAAUAAACCUCAUUAUGUUUUGAGGAGAUAUGCCGAAUUCUUGAGUGCUUUCCUGGUCUGCACAAAUUUGAGCGGGAAGAAAAUGGAUGAUCGAUUACAGGUAAGGAAGGUUUUGAUGUUUGAUGGUAUUUAAUGAAGGGAUCAUGUAGAACGAAGAUUUCAGAACACGGUAACCAAACAAGAGCAGGAAGUGGAGGCCUUUAUGUAUAGGUAUUGCCAACACAUGAAGAGGAAAAAGGAUCGAUUGGUCUUCCAAAUUAACAAUUAUGACGUCAUCUUGACUGUUCUUGAUGUAAGUUUUGAGUUUUAGUGGUGUUUUAUAAAUUUUUGUAUUGCUUUAGGAGAAAGUACUGGACGAAUCCAAAGAAAGAACCGCUUUCUGUAAUACCCUCCAAACAAAAACGCGCGCCUUUGUGGAAGAAGUCCUUUUCCCUCACUUCAAUGCUCUAAUUCAGUUUGUCAAUGAAGUUGAACCCCAUGUGGAACAAGGCCAUACUCAACAGUUGUCGAGGUUUACUGGUAGGGACUAUAAAUUAACUAGAAUUAUUCUGUCUUAAGGGUUUAAAAUUGUAUAUUUUUAGGCAAGGCAACUCAGAUUGUCCGUGCCUUCGUUGCGGAAUGGAAAAAGGCGAUCGAGGAGAUAAACAAGGAGAUCCUGCAGUCUUUCACAAACUUCAAAGUCGGCUCAAAUGUUCUUCAAGCAGUCUUCACUCAAUUUGUAAAUUAUUAUCAACGGUUUCAUAAGUUAUUAUAUCAUGAGGCAUUCAAUCAAUGCACUGAGGCCAGAUCCGAACUAGUCGAUGCUCCCGUAAUCAUCGCUGAGCUCAAAAAAUAUAAGCCAAUAUAUUAA